ACCAAUCGACGGCCACAAUUAACCCAUCGGUUGCAUUUGCAUCAGAUCUAAGCCCGCCACGGCGCCACGCCACGCGACGCUAUUUUGUAGCUCUAGCUUCCGUGCUGCUUCCAACUACUUGGCGUUGGCGAGCUCGCGAUUCACAGCGGCUGACCUGCUCUGCCCGCCACGCGCCAUGGGCCUCAAGCUCCGGCGGCUCGCGGCCACCCUCCUCUCCUCCCCGCCGGCCUCCGCCGCGGACGCGCACCACGCCGUGAUGCGCGCCACGGCGCACCACCCGUCCACGGCACCGCCGGCAGCGCACCACCUGGACGCGCUCCUCGCCUUCGGCCGCGGCUCGCGUCUCUCCGCCUCGGUGCUUGCCUCCGCGCUCACCGACAGACUCCGCGCCGCGGCUUCCGGCCAAGGGGACGCCGCCGUGGCGCUCAAGUGCCUCGUCAUCCUCCGGAUCCUGCUCGCCCGCGGCGCGUUCAUCCUCCGCGACCAGCUCGUCGCGGCCCUCGUCCGGCACCCGGCCUCUGGCCGCAACCCUCUCGCGCUCGCCGCCUUCCCGCUCGGCCGAUCCUUUGCCGCCGCCACAUGGGUCAGAUUCUCCGCGCGCCUCCUCGAGCUACUCCUCCUCCUCCCUGACGUUCCCCACGACGCCGCAGACGCCGAGUACCUCAUUGUGCUUCCCAACCGCCACCUCAUCGCCGAGCUGGCCGCCUUCGCGUCAGUCGCCGACGCCGUCCGGCAGGCCCCACCACCUUCCUCCGCCCCACAGCACAACGCCCUCGUCUGGGAGCUCAUCCGGCUCGCCGAGGAGGACCGCGUCACGGCGGAGCACAACAUAGCCGCGAGGGUCCAGGAAAUGAGCGAGCGCCUCGCCACCCUCAGCCUGGCCGACGCGGUGGAGCUGGUCUGCGUGCUGAAGCAGGUGGAGGAGAGCGCGUCGUCGCCGGCGGAUUGGAAGUGGGCGGGGCUCGACGAGGACGUCGUGGGCAAGGCGCGGCGGCUUCGCGAGCGCGCGGAGGAGGUGGUGCUGCGAAGGACGGAGCAGGAGAGGCGCCUUGUGCGGAGGGGCGCCGCCGGGAGCGUGUCCGUGCGCGUCCGCACCGGCGGCGUCGCCGAGGCCGUCCGGUUCGGCUCCACGCGGUGGGCCGGCACGGUUCCCGCAUGGCGAUAGUGCGGUUUUCAGGUUUGCACUUUGUUCUUCUCCAAAUUUAUGAAAAAGAAAAAAGAAACAUUUGUAUGAUCUCCUUUGUGACGGAGGAAUCUGCUCAUGGAUUUUACGGAACUGGAUUGAUCCCUGCAAAA